UGCGUGUGUGUGUGAUCCAGUCCGGUUUUUCUCUCAUACCUUCAUCUAACGUAACGUUAGCCUACUAUGCGUGUGAGUGCAUGAGCGUGUGUGAGAGAGAUCGAGCCUUGUUUACAGCGUCAAUUCAACGGAGAGAGACUACAGGAUCUACUACACAUCCUUCACAUCUCCUAAAUGAACACGGGUCCGAUCCUUCAGAAAUCAUCUGUGUCCUCCAAACUCCGCUUCUUGAAGGGAAAAAUCAAGUCCUGAAAUCUCAGACUGAAGAUGGUGGGAGGCAGAGAGAGACCAUUUUAAACCCUGGACGGAUAUUAUUUGGCAUCUUUCUGAGUUUCUCCACCGAUUUUAGGCCUUUAAAAACGCUGGAUGAGAAGUACAAGGCAUCUUGCAGCUGAUGAAGAUCAUACACACACUCGCCCAGACUGUUUUAGCCAUAGGACCUAAGCGAGUUUCACUGAAUAACUGCUAAAACCAGCCUGCGAGGAGACCUACAACGUGUUUUCCCCUUUUUUCCCACGACAUGGAGCAUGGAAUUGCGGAUUAUCAAGCCGUCACGUGUUUUCCUCGGUUAUUUUCACAUAUGUUUACGAGGAGAAGCUGUCAAAAAUAAUAUUAAACACGUUUAAGGAGCCCGAGAAUCAGUGCGCUUGAAUCCCCCUCAUGGUGAGGGCAGAGCGGACUGAAUCUGCUGGAUAAUCUCGCUGGGGUGUCUGGAGGGUCAUUUAUCCCAUCAAAACACCAUGAAGAUGGAAGAAAUUGGUUUUGUUUGAUUAUUUCCAGCUCUUGUGUAUCUAUAUUUUUGUUUUCACCCCCUCUCUAAGCUGGAUAAACCAACUUUGAUCAUAUUUUUGUACUGAGAAGACUUCAAGAGUCAAGCAUCAUCCACUUUGAAGGGUUGAGCUGCCUCCCCUAUUUUGUAAUAUAUAAUUUUUUUUUUUUAAAACAAGUGUUUGCCUUGUUUUUGUACAGGAAUGAGGUCUAGCAGACAGAGGCGAUAUUGGACCUUGUUUUGUGGUCUGGUGCUGGUCCUCUCCACACUCUGUCAUGGAGAAAUCUGUGGUCCAGGCAUUGACAUUGGCAAUGACAUCAGUAACUUCAAGCGGCUGGAGAACUGUACAGUGGUUGAGGGAUACCUGCAGAUCCUCCUCAUUGGAGGCAAAAACAAUAACAACCAGGAGGUCUUCCGCACCCUCAGUUUCCCCAAACUGACCAUGAUUACGGAUUACCUUCUCCUCUUCCGUGUAUCCGGGCUGGACAGCCUCAGCACUCUCUUUCCUAAUCUCGCCGUGAUCCGGGGCCGUAACUUGUUCUACAACUACGCCCUGGUCAUAUUUGAGCUGACCAGCCUGAAGGACAUCGGCCUCUACAACCUGCGGAACAUCACGCGGGGUGCCAUACGAAUCGAGAAGAAUCCCGAGCUCUGCUACUUGGAUUCUGUGGACUGGUCUCUCAUUAUGGGUGCCGAUUUGAACAAUUACAUUGCUGGAAAUAAGCAGUCCAAGGAGUGUGGAGAUGUUUGCCCGGGAAUCAUGGAGGACAACCCUCAGUGUAUCAAGACGAACUUCAACGACAAUGACAAUUACAGAUGCUGGACCUCCAACCAUUGCCAGAAAGUUUGUCCGAAGUGGUGUGGACAGCGGGCGUGUACUGAUUCGGGCGAGUGCUGCCACCCCCAGUGUCUGGGCAGCUGCACCGUGCCUGACAAUGACAGGGCCUGUGCCGCCUGCCAGCACUACUAUCACGAGGGCCGCUGCGUGGAGGACUGCCCGGCGGGCACGUUCAAGUUUGAGGGCUGGCGUUGCAUCACCAUGGACUUCUGCUCCAAGGUCCACCUGCCUGAUUAUGACCGUUUCGUGAUCCACGGAGGAGAGUGUAUGUCUGACUGUCCACCCGGCUUCACGCGCGAUGGGAACCAGAGCAUGUUCUGCACUGCCUGUGACGGCCUAUGUGACAAGGUCUGUGAUGAAAAGGUCAUUGACUCAGUGGACGCGGCUCAGUCCCUCAAGGGCUGCACCGUUAUCAAAGGCAACCUGCAUAUCAACAUCCGCCGUGGCACUAACAUAGCUUCGGAGUUGGAGAACUUCCUGGGACUCAUCAAGACAGUGACGGGAUACAUUAAGAUACGUUCAUCACACACCCUGAGCUCUCUCUCCUUCCUCAAGAGCCUCAGAAACAUCCAUGGAGAGGAACUUUGGGACGAAACGUAUGCCUUUGCUGCCUUGGAUAACCAGCAUCUCCAAAUUCUGUGGGACUGGUCCCAGCACAAUCUCACAAUACAUAAAGGAAAACUGUACUUCCGCCUGAAUCCCAAACUCUGCAUGUCCGAGAUCCGCAAAAUGUGGGUGAAAACAGGAAUUAGGGAGAAGUUUUUGGAAGGAGAUUUCCGCAACAAUGGAGACCGUGCAAGCUGUGGGAGUAAAACCCUUAAGUUCAUAUCGAAUAGCACGAGGAGUAAUAGAAUCGAGUUGACGUGGGAACUUUAUCGACCACCCGAUUCCAGAGACCUCGUCAGUUUUAUUGUAUACUACAAAGAAGCGCCUUUCCAGAACCUUACAGAGUUUGAUGGUCAGGACGGUUGCGGAUCGGACAGCUGGAACAUGGUUGACGUGGACUUACCGGAGGAACAAACCCAAAAUCCGGGUGUUAAGCUGUUGAUGCUGAAGCCCUGGACUCAGUAUGCCAUCUUUGUGAAAGCUGUAACUUUACUUGUGGAGGACAGGGACAGGGACAAGGACAGACAGCAUCUUGGGGCGAAGAGUGAAGUGGUGUAUAUUCGGACUAAACCAUCAGCACCCUCAAUGCCUGUAGACAUUCGUGCUUACUCUAAUUCUUCAUCAAAGCUGGUGGUGCGGUGGUCUCCACCUGUGGCCCCCAAUGGAAACAACACCUACUACCUGCUCCGCUGGAAGCAGCAGGGCGAGGACCAUGAGCUCUACCAGCACAACUACUGCUCCAAAGAACUGAAGAUCCCCAUCAGAAUUUCAGCCACGGGUUUGACAGAAACCGAAGACACCAAACCCACCAAUCCUGAAACAGGGGGGCGGGACAAAAUCCCCUGUUGUCCAUGCCCUAAAACAGAGAAGGAUCUGAAGCAAAUCGAGGACGAUAUCUACUACCGCAAAGCCUUUGAGAAUUUCCUUCAUAAUGCCAUAUUCACCCCCAGACCUCCUGACAGGCGGCGGCGAGAUCUGUUUGGCGUGGCCAAUGCAACUUCCAUCCACGCUCUGCUGCCGGGAAACUGGAACAUGACGGAGGGAAACUACUCAGAUGAUCAGCCGCCUAGACGGGAAUUUUCCUUUCUAGAGAGGAAGGUAAAGGAGCGAACUGCUGACAUCGGUGGCCUGCAGCCCUUUACUGUGUACCGCAUCGACGUGCACGCCUGCAAUGAAGAGGUUCGGCACUGCAGCGCGGCCGCCUUUGUCUUUUCCCGCACCAAACCGGCAGAAAGAGCUGAUGACAUUCCUGGCCCAGUGACCUGGGAAGGUCUGGAGGAUUCGGUGUUCCUGAAGUGGCCUGAACCGCAUAAACCCAACGGCCUGAUCCUGCUGUAUGAGAUUCAGUAUCGUCUUGGGACAGAGCCUGAGAAGCAUGAGUGUGUAUCCCGCCAACACUACAGGGAGCACAAAGGGGUGAAACUGUCCAAUUUGGGACCUGGGAACUAUUCUGCCCGUGUGCGGGCUACGUCUCUUGCCGGAAACGGGUCGUGGACUGAACCCAUAGCUUUCUACGUGCUUCAGGUCGAACAAUCAGGUUAUGAGCACUUUCUGUACUUCAUGAUCAUCCCGAUCAUCCUGAUUAUGGCCGCCUUCGGUGCAGUGGCUUUCAUCUUUGUGAGCAAGAAACGAAACAGUGACAGGCUUGGAAAAGUCCUUUACGCAUCCGUUAACCCUGAGUACUUCAGCGCAGCAGAGAUGUAUGUGCCGGAUGAAUGGGAAGUGGAGCGAGAGAAAAUCACCAUGUGCCGUGAGCUUGGACAAGGAUCCUUUGGUAUGGUGUACGAGGGCAUCGCCAAAGGUGUUGUCAAAGAUGAGCCGGAAACCAGGGUGGCCAUCAAAACGGUCAACGAAUCGGCUAGCUUGCAUGAACGCAUCGAGUUCCUUAAUGAAGCCUCCGUGAUGAAGGAGUUCAAUUGUCACCAUGUGGUGCGUCUACUGGGCGUGGUCUCGCAGGGUCAGCCCACCCUGGUGAUCAUGGAGCUGAUGACACGAGGGGAUCUGAAGAGUUACCUGCGCUCGCUUCGAUCCGCUGAGAACACCUCCAGCUUGCCUUUGCCACCAUUGAAGAAGAUGAUUCAGAUGGCAGGAGAGAUCGCGGAUGGCAUGGCUUACCUCAAUGCCAACAAGUUUGUUCACAGAGACUUGGCAGCAAGGAAUUGCAUGGUGGCUGAGGAUUUUACCGUCAAAAUUGGUGAUUUUGGCAUGACCCGGGACAUUUAUGAGACGGAUUACUACAGAAAAGGAGGUAAGGGACUGCUGCCUGUGCGCUGGAUGUCUCCCGAGUCCCUCAAAGAUGGAGUAUUCACCACAAUGUCUGAUGUCUGGUCCUUUGGGGUGGUGUUGUGGGAAAUAGCCACCCUGGCCGAGCAGCCCUAUCAGGGCAUGUCCAAUGAGCAGGUACUGCGGUUCGUCAUGGAGGGAGGACUGCUAGACAAACCAGACAACUGCCCUGAUAUGCUGUUCGAGUUGAUGCGCAUGUGCUGGCAGUACAACCCCAAAAUGCGGCCGUCCUUCCUGGAGAUCAUCAGCAGCAUCAAGGACGACCUGGAGGGGGGCUUCAAGGAGACGAGCUUCUUCUACAGCGAGGAGAACAAACCUCCCGACAUGGAAGAGCUGGACAUGGAGAACGUGGGAACCAUGGAGAAUGUUCCUCUAGAGCCGUCCUCCAGCCUACAGCCCCUGGCGCCCUCUUUGGCCUCCCCUCAACAGUGCGCACCUGCGCCCCAGGGCUCCGGCACUCCGGCCGGCCCGUCCUCACCGCCUUCCUCCCCCAGCUCUACGGACAAGCACCCGCUCCCCGCAUCAGCGGCAAACGGGCCUUCCAUGGUUCUUCGGAGCCCGUUUGACGAGACCCAGCCUUAUGCUCACAUGAACGGGGGCCGUAAGAAUGAGCGUGCCUUGCCUCUGCCCCAGUCGUCGGCUUGCUGAUCAACGGCCCGACCCCGUUUCCGGACACAUGGACACGUCUCUGUCUGUCAAGCCACUGUGUGGUCUCCUGAGAAGAAAUAUUAAAAUAAAGAGACAAGGAAAGUGAGAGUCCAGGCAAUCAAUUUUUUCAAUCAUACCUCAACGGACAAAGUUUGGAUUUCUUUGUUUUUUGUGUAUUUCGAAUUGAUUGACAUGAACUCAUUUGUUAUUUCCGCAGACUGGAUCACUGACUGAAAAACCAUGACCUUCACUCUCGCACUCGAUAGGCUGACUGUUUUUGUUACGUUUUGUUACUUUUCUAAACUUCCAAAACUGGUUUGAAGGUCUAUCAGAGCCAGUAGAGGUACGGUGGCAUUAUUACGAAACGCUCGGCGUAUCUCCAAGCGAAUCCAACGGCGAAGCACUUGCUCUUGUCUUUGUUUCCAAAGACGUGCGUCUAGAUUAGGCGUGUGACUUCCUGUUCCGCCCAUCUUAGUAGUAAAACCCAACCUAGAUACGGAGAUCUUUGGCUUCCACUCUCUCCAAAUCGUCUGGCUCUGCAACAUAGUGAAGAAAUUCUCCAAUCUGCCAAAUGUCUUAUGUUGCCAAAUUGUAUACUGUUGUCUAAUUCCCCAAAAUAUGCAAAUACGACCACAUAUGUUGUUUUUUUUACACUGGUAAUCCAAAGCAUCUCUGACUUCAAAACACAAUCAAUAGAGAGAUAUUUCCCUGAUUCCCACUUUUUCUGUCGUCUUGCUUUGGGUUAGAUGCAUUUCGGAUGAAAUAAUGCAAACGUUGAAGAACAAAUGCAGCAGAUAUUAUAACUUUAAAAGGGAAUUGGGUCAAAAAGAAGCUCAAAAGAUUUAAAAUUGUGGCAUUUGAAAUCUUCACAACAAUUCUAUCGCUUGGUCGUUCAGUCGUACUUAAGACCACAGAGCGCGUGCAUCGUUUGUCGGUCACUUUUGUACCUUUUUUACAGUUCAGAUUGAUCAUUUAUAUGUCUGUGCUGAAAAAAGCUGCUAUUUUAUUCUCAUUUUUCUUUUGUGGUUGUAAUAUAUAUAUAUAUAUAUAUAUAUAUAUAUAUAUAUAAUGUAAAGAGAUUCUUCAGGUGUAAUCCUUUGCCUUUCCACUACAGUCCAUUUUAUGAUGCUUAUAGUUCUGCAAAACCGUUGAGUUUUCCAAUGUAAAGUUGUUUAAUGCCUUCUUUUUUAUUAUACUCUGUCUCUUUAAAAGCAAAACCGGCAAUUGAACACACUUCUGUAUCAAACACACUUCUGUCUUCAUGGCGGCACCUCGACGACAUGACUCUAUAAUAACAGCUGAACACUGUGUUUCUCCUCACAUUAAUGCGCAACAAAUACUCUCAGGUCAAACUCCUAAAGGUUUCGGUCUCAGACCCCGAUGUUUUGUUGUCUCGCUAUUCAUUCCUCUGUAACCGACAAGAUAUGACUAAAAAUUUGGCAAAGUUUGAAUUCAUUUCAUUGCUUGAAGAUAGACUCGUCUCAUACUUUCGAUUGAUUGUUCAGCCUUAUUUGUGACUGAUCCUGCCGCCCUUUGUAAAUGUAAUGAACUCUGCAUUUCCUUUCUUCCAAGCAGAGCCCGAUAAAUGACGAUUAUACAGAUAUGAUUCAGCAUAUCUCUAUGCAGAAGUUGUGUUUGUAAUAUAGAUCACUUAUAUAAAUUUAAGAUACAGGUUUGACUACGAGCGCCAGUUUUGGGGAUUUUUUUUUUUUUUUUUGGAAGGAUUUUUCAAAGGAAAAACUGUCACCUUUUUUGUUUUCCCCCAUCCUGACUUUUUAUUUUCAUUAUUUAUUUAGUUUCUUUUUUUCCUCUCUCUUGUUUUUGUGAUGUUUAUAAUCACUGUAAACCCCCCUUGAUUAAGUGUAACAUUUUAGAUAUUUUUAUGUUUUUUUUCAUGACAUUGGGACUUUUUUUUUUUUUUUUUUUUUUUUCCUUCAGACAUUUAUCUACCUCACUCUUUUUUUAUGUACCUGUAUAUAAAGUACAUCUGACCUUUUUUUCAUGAAAAGGACAAUAUUACUGCUCUCUGUAUCUGGGUAAAACCUCAUAAAUGCUACAAACCACAAUCUCGGAGUGGAGAAAAUUUACCGAAUUACGGACAUUUUGUAUGACUAGCUGCUUUCUUUCCUAUCGGAUCUCGCUUAAAUUUGUUUAUUAUUUAUUUGUGAGAUUAAAACAAGAAGAGGUCUGACAAUUGACUCCAAAUGUGCUGGAAUGUUGUCGAUGUUUAAUUUAUCCAUCUUUUAACUUGAGGGCAAAAGUCAAUAGAUGGAAUAUUUCUGAGGAUAUAAUUGUUCUGAUCUCCUCUCCCUUUCAUGUCUCUGAAUCCCACUGUUGGCAUCGUUAUUAUUUUACCUUUUUAUUAUACGUUCAUUGGAGUACUCUACUUGUACCAAAUGUUCAUUGAAACUAAAACAGAGUUAUGUACGUUCCUUCUGUAAAGUUUUUGCUGUAGUCGAGUGCAUCAAAUGUACAUACGUUUUGUGCUGGCUUUGGAAAACUACAUUUUUUUUUUUUUCAUCAGGAAAAAGCCCUGAAAAAAGACCAACAGGAUAUCGGACAAAGCUUUUCCCCCCAUUUCAUAUAUCACUAUUACUCAUACAGAUAUUGGCCUGAUUAAAUAUGAAAUUUGUAAAUCCAGAUUCAAGAUAUUCUUGUAAAUUUUCACUAAAAAUUUCACUUUAUAAGGGAUAUAUAUAUAUAUAUAUAUAUAUGUGUGUGUGUAUGUUUAAUAUAUAUACAUAUAUUUUAUAUGUAUGUGUAUAUAUAUGUAUACAUACACACACAUAUAUAACGUGUAUAUAUUAAACAAUAAAUAUAUAUACACACACACACGUACAUAUAUAUAUGCAUAUAUAUAAAUAUGUAUAUAUGUAUAUAAAUAUGUAUAUAUAUCAAGAACGAUCAUAUAGCACUACUGAUAUCCUGCCCUCUAGUGUUGGUCAUUUUUCUCUGCUUUUUUUCAUAGUUCAGAUCUUGUUAAUCACAGAUUGUCCGAGUCCGUAGAAGACGCCGUCCUAAUGCUCUUCACUGAUCAUCUCAGACUACAGCCGUAACACCCAACUAAUGGUUCAUUUCUCAGUACAGACCUGUUGACUAUAUGGGCUAGAUAUUCUCAGGGCUGAAGGUUCUGAGUGGGCAUCAGCGGGACAGGAAGUGACCUGCUCCUCUGCGCUCGCUCUACCCUGCUGCUGAAAACUGCUGCUCUCCAUCAUCUCACUGAAGCUCCAUGAGGGUUCAGAGGAGAGCAUUGGAGGUGUUCAUGAUCUGAUGGCGCCAUCUAGAACCUGAAGGAGGCUUGUGUUGUGUUACAUGUUAUUUCAUUUCACUCCUGAUGCUGGUUGGUCGUUCAGUGAACUGUUGACUAGAUAAGUGUGUGUUAGUUAUAUAAAGGGGUUACAGAUGCAGAAUGGGAGGGGAGAAUGGAGAAAGUUUUGUGGUCCAAGUCUGUUCAAACCUGGCUGUUCUGAUUAAAAAAGGCACUUAUUAACUUUAUUCGUGUUGUUUUCUUUUUGUAUAAAUUUGAUGAAAAAUUAAAUGUGUCCCAGGAAUAUGGAUGGAGAAGAUCGAUAUAUUGUAUUUAUGGUGGCACAUUGCUCAAAAAUACUUAUAAUAAAUCCAGAUGAAUAGC